CUCUCGCCCGUAUAGUAGAGGACUCUGCUCGCCGGUACCACGAGAUAAAAAGACUACUAUAAACUGGUCUACCUUUCUGUACAUUUAAAGUUCAGCUUCAAAAUGAAGUUAUUGCCUGUGUUUAUUCUGUUGGUUGUGCCAUUUCAAAGUAAUGCAGAUAAUACCGGAGGUGGCCCAAAAAGUGUCUAUUCCUGUCCUGGCAGUGAUGUUGAUUUAAAGUUCAAUACUCCAGGACCUAUUACACGUAGUCAUUUGGUAGGCACAAAAGGAGGCGGUAUUGAUGCCAAUCCACUCAAUAUGAGUGUGUGGAUCUCGAAUAACUUCAAGACUGAAGUCAAUGCUACAGCUGGUAACAAAGUGGAAUUUAAUGGCAAUCUCUUUGCUGGACAUGCAUGGUUUAAAUUUAAAAACUUUAAGCCAAAUGACAGAGAUAUGAUUUUUAGGAUAUCAACAUACAAGGAAUUUGGGACAAGCCCCAGUAAACAGGAUUUCAAGUUAAUUCUAUCAAAAGAUUGUGCACAACAAAAAAACAGUUCAGCUGGCAAUUCAACAUCAGUUUCUAGUAAUUCGACUGCUAAUCUUGUUCCUUUGCCACCUGAGAAGACCACACCUAACAGUAAAGGUGAGAGUUAUCCAGAUGGCACAUCACCUGAUAACAGUAUAUUAUCAUUAUUCUGA